CUGCGCAGGCGCACUCGUCGCUCGCGGUGCCUCGAGUUGGCGUCCGCCCGGAAGGCGGGGCCGGGGCUCACAGAUGGCCCCACUGCCGGGGGCAGAGCUGGUCCAGACUCCGCUGCAGCUCUACCGUUACCUGCUGCGCUGUUGCCGGCAGCUGCCAACCAAGGGCGCCCAGGAGCACUACAAGCAUGCUGUCCGGCAGGGUUUCCGGGUUCACUCAGAUGAAGAUAACCCCGAGAGAAUCCUGCAGAUUAUUAAAAGAGCCAUUGAAGAUGCUGACUGGAUCAUGAACAAGUAUAAAAAACAAAACUGAGAAUCCAGAGCUGGCAGCAUGACUGUCCUGGAGACAUUGGAACUGAGAAGCCUCUCUGCUUUUGGAGCUCAGCAGCAGCAGUUCUGGAAUAUUCUCUGACCUUGUUGGCCGAAAGCAAGAAAUCAUAGCUGACAUUCGGUCAAGUGGCUCUUGUCACCGAAGCCAUGUUUCCAGCAUGUGUUAUGUCUGCUCUCCCAUCCCGGAAUGAUAUGCAGUUUGGGGAGAACUUGGUGUUUUUUUGCUUCU